AUGGUAAGGAUCUACCGCCACAAUCUUUGGCCUGGGGAUUAUCGUUUUGUUCCCUUUUUCCUACAGAAAUUCCUUGUCUUGGCUUUGGCUUUGGUUGGCUGCGUGGCUGCCGAUAGUGGCUACAACUAUGCCGCUCCCGCACCCGCUCCAGUGAGGUCUUAUGUGGCUCCUCAGGUGCAGCAUCAUUUUGCUGCCUCUGCUCCGGCGCCAGUAGCUGCUCCAGCUCCAGCACCCGUGUUCCAGCCAGCAGCAUCUGCACCAGCACCAGUCCGCAGCUACGUGCCUCCAGCACCUGCCGCCUCUGCACCUGUCCAGACCUUCGCUCCGGCUCCGGCUCCUGCUCCUGAGCCAGUUGCUGCUCCCGCUCCAGUCUUCCAGCCAGCUGCUUCUGCUCCAGCUCCCGUCCGCAGCUACGUGCCGCCAGCACCCGUGCAGCAGCAGCAUCGUUUUGCCGCCUCCGCACCCGCACCAGUUGCUGCUCCAGCUCCAGCUCCCGCUCCCGCUCCAGUCUUUCAGCCUGCUGCCUCUGCACCCGCUCCAGUCCGCAGCUAUGCUCCUGAGCCAGCACCAGCCUUCGAGGCUGCUGCCUCUGCCCCAGCGCCAGCUCGCUCCGGCUACGACUACAGCCAGCCCCAGACCCAGACCCAGUCCAGCCAGGGCUACCGCUACAGGACAGUGCGUCGUCGCGUCUUCAGGCACCGUGCUUAA